ACUAACGGCAGCAGUAGAUCCGUGAAGGGGCUCGAGAGCGGCCGGGCAGCCCCCUGUCUCGUCACCACCGCCCGGUCCGGUCCCGGCCGCUGCCCCUUCCCCACCGCCCGGACCCUCCGGGGAAGGUGAGGGGCCACUUCUCCACCCUUCGCUGACUCCCGCUGAGGAGGAACAAGAUGCCUAACCCCGGAGAGGAGACACCCCCCAGUGACUGCAGUGAUCCAGAGAGUGUGCCCUGUAGGCCCAGGAAAGCGAGGCAGGCCCAGGAGAGCCAUGAUGGGGACGUGCCCAGCCUCUGCCCACCACAGUUGCCAACGUCCAGCCCUCCACGAGUUCUUUCCAUGGCAGAAUUACUAGAAACAGCACAAGAAGUUUCUAAAAUGACCAUUGCACACGAGAUUGUGGUGAACCGUGACUUCAAGUUGCAAGAGGUCAACUUCUCACCAAACAGCCUGGAAAGCCGAGUGAAGGAGACAUUGCACAAAGCUUUCUGGGACAGUCUGAAAGAACAGCUCUCUGCUAGUCCACCAGACUACACACACGUGAUCCAACUGCUUCAGGAAAUUAAAGAGACCAUACUGUCACUGUUGCUGCCACGGCACAGCCGUCUGCGGGGCCAGAUUGAAGAAGCCCUGGAUAUGGAGCUGAUCAGACAGGAGGCUGAGCAUGGGGCUCUUGACAUCCCCAAUCUCACCAUGUACAUCUUAGGUACAAUGGCGAUGCUGUGUGCACCUGUUCGAGACGAGGAAGUGCAGAGACUACGGGGUGUGACAGACCCAGUUCAGUUGCUCAGGGAGAUUUUCCAGGUGCUAGACCUGAUGAAAAUGGACAUGGUGAAUUUUACCAUCCAGAGCCUCCGGCCCCACCUGCAGGAUCACUCCGUCCAAUAUGAGCAGAAGAAAUUCCAGGAGCUCCUUGUCAAGCUGCCCAACAGCCUGGAUCACACAACUGAGUGGUUACACAAAGCAGCAGCAGAAGUCUCUGCAUCAUCUUUGUCAUCCCCAUCCCAUCCUGAGGUCCAUGGAUCACCCGCUCCACUGUCACGGGGGGCUGUCAGCAGGAGCUCAUCUACACCAAGUCCCAUGUCUGUGUUAAACCAAGGAUACAUGAAUCUGCUCCGCUGGGAGCCAGGCAUAGAGAAAUACCCUGAGACUCUGUUGAUGGACCAAGCCCGGCUGCAGGAGGUACAGUUGCAAGUGAAUCAGCUAACAAUCAUAGCUGCAGUCCUGCUAGUGUCCAGCAGUGUGUGUGGAAGCGCCUUGUUCAGCUCGCCUGGGUUUGUAGAUAGGCUGAAACGGGUAACAAAGGCCCUCUUGGAAGGGCUCCCUCACACCAGGUUUCGAGAAGCUUUGCUGGACAUCAGCAAUCAUGUGCACCAGGAAGUUAGUGAAUCUCUCUUGCAACUGGGUUACCCUGCUUUCACUAGUGAUAAAUCUGCUUCCCUUAAAGGCCAGAUAAGGAGCAUUGCAGAGGAGGACAAUGCUGUGCGGAGCGUAAUUGAGCAGCGGAUCCAUUCAUUUCUCAGCCUUCAUCUGUCUCCUAGUGCCCAGAACUCUCGCAGUCUCCCAAAAGGCCUUGCUCCAAUUCAGGAAGAACUGCUGGAAGUUAGCCACAGAUUUGGCAGUGUGAUUCAUCACAACAGGCAGGUGUAUGGACCCUACUACCUGGCAAUUCUAAAAAAGGUUGUUCUCCUAGGCACAGAGCCAGAAGCCGGAAUAGAUUCUUUCUAACUCUUACAGAAAGCACCACAGGCACUGGGGCCAGAAGGAAGGAGGACUCAGCUAGUUUUCAGACUCAUGCUUUGGCUUGUAAAGUCUGUUACAGCCAACUAAACAGCUGUCCUGUUCUCUGCAGUAGCAUCCAAAGCACUUCUGCAGCUGGGCCACCAUAGCUGCUGGGGACAGUUACAUAAAUACCACUGGCCACUUCCCAAUUUGUCUGAAUAAACCUUUAAACUAAAAAAAAAAAUUGCCUUUUUUCAUACCUGCUGUUAGUUGGUCUCAUUACUUUGAAUAAAUAUGGUAAGAUAGCCUAGAUAGAUUUCAUAAUGUUGUAAUGCAUCCUGUGAAUUUGAACCCUGAUUUUUUUCUUGCCUUGCCAUUAACUGUGGGUUUUAGCCUGCUUUCCAGACACCUCUUAGUCUCAGCCAGGGAGAGGGGAUUUGAUUAAGAUGCUUUGUGUUAAUGACAGAGCUUACUUUCUAAUGUAACUGAUAUACUCCUUCAGUGUUAACUUUAAAAUCAGGUUUACUUCAUAUGUGCCAUCUACACUAGCUCAGUUUAAUCCCCUUUGGAUUUAGUAUUUUUGCAUUCAAAUCUACUGUAACCAGUUCCUAAAUUUUAACAUGCAUUGUUAAAUGUGGGGCUUUUCCUCCAUCUCCUUUCUACUAGUGAAUUUUCAAUACUUUAAAGCUGCAUUAAUAAACUCUUUCUGCUAGAGCAAUACUGUGCUAUCAGAGCUGCCAGGGUCUUUGAGGUUCUGUUACAAUUGUAUCUUAAUAUCAAACUAUUGAUGUAGUACAGCAAGAAUUGCUUUGGCUAAAAGAUGGCUAGGGUGUGGGAGCUUUGUUUUGUUGCAGGGAGAAGCAGUGUUUUCUAGGAGUUGGCAGUUGAACUGUGGUAAGGAUGCAUAGGUUAUGGUCCUGCCAAUCCCCUCACUCUCCAUGGCACAAGUUGCCCAUCUGUAAAUGUGGGAUGGGGGUGAAGGGAAGAGAACUAGUUUUUUUUUCAUCCUGGGGGGCAGGGGAGGAGAGAUGAAAGGUGCUGCUAGUAUGGGCUUCAGCCAUUCUCUGGUUCAGACAUGCACCCCCAUGUGCAUUUAUACCUAUGUUUUUAAUAAAUAAAUGGGCUUGACAUUUCAAAAAUAUAAUGCUGAAUAUUUAAUACUUUUCAUGGAGAU